GCAUGUUACGCUGUUAUUUCCUUCCCACCUCCUCACCAUCUCUGGAAACUCCUCCACACAGAUGAACACGCCGUGGCGGCGAAACUACAGAACUAAAGAGGAGAGGGAUAUUCUCACUGUAUACUGGGACUCGGCUACUGCAGGGAAAAAACAGGACUGUGUGUGUAUGUGUGUGUGCGACCGUGCGCAUGUUUCGCGGGAGUCUCUGUGCAGGGUAGACUGAGCUGCACUGUGCCUCUCGCUCGCUCUCUCUCUCGCUGAUGAUGAAGCCUCUCGUUCGCAUCACCCCGUGAUGGAGCUUGACUAAGGAAGAGAUCUCAACACAUGUGUUAGCAGACGGGCAGGCUCACGGCAGAAGCGCACGCAAGCCUGGACUGUGACCGAUGACCUGCCGUACGCGUCAGGUUCCUGGCACCCCCCGUGCUCCGCCGAGCAGCCACACGGGCAGGUGAAGGACCUUCACCUUCAACCCCUCCCCAGACCCUUGGAGAUGUUCCUCAGGACCAGCUCUGGACUCCUCCUUUCUCCCGUGAGACUCGCUCUGUUUCUGCUGGUCUUUUUGGACACUCCCCAACCAUCCCUCCAGGGCAGGAAUAAGAGCAGAUGGAAUAAGGGGGGAUCCCGUCUGCGGCAGGAAGAUUCUCCGCCCCGGAUCGUGGAACACCCCUCUGAUCUGAUCGUAUCCAAGGGCGAACCCGCCACCCUAAACUGCAAGGCGGAGGGGCGGCCCAACCCCACCGUGGAGUGGUACAAGGAUGGAGAACGUGUUGAAACCGACAAAGAUGACCCUCGAUCUCACCGCAUGCUCCUGCCCAGCGGCUCUCUCUUCUUCCUGCGCAUCGUACACGGCCGUCGCAGCAAACCCGACGAGGGUGCGUACGUGUGUGUGGCACGCAACUACCUGGGGGAGGCCGUUAGCCGAAACGCAUCACUUGAAGUAGCAUUGUUACGAGAUGAUUUCAGACAGAACCCGACAGAUGUGGUGGUCGCCGCCGGAGAGCCGGCCAUCUUGGAAUGUGUCCCACCCCGUGGCCACCCGGAGCCCACCAUCUACUGGAAGAAAGACAAAGUCAGGAUUGAAGAAAAGGAUGACAGGAUAAAGAUCCGCGGAGGGAAGCUGAUGAUUUCCAACACGAGGAAAAGCGACGCUGGCAUCUACAUCUGCGUGGGCACCAACAUGGUCGGCGAGCGAGACAGCGAGACGGCUCAGGUCACCGUGUUUGAGAGGCCCACGUUUCUGCGGCGUCCCAUUAACCAGGUGGUUCUUGAGGAAGAGGCGGUGGAAUUUCGCUGUCAGGUGCAGGGAGACCCGCCGCCUUCGGUGCGCUGGAAAAAAGACGAAAUUGACAUCCCCCGCGGGAGGUACGAUAUUAAAUACGAUAAAGAUGACUAUGUGCUGAGGAUAAAGAAGGCCGCAGCGAGUGAUGAAGGAACCUUCACCUGUAUAGCGGAGAACCGAGUGGGCAAAACAGACGCGUCCGCCACCCUUACAGUCAGAGCUCGCCCCGUCGCCCCACCCCAGUUUGUGAUCAGGCCACGGGACCAGAUCGUGGCACAGGGGCGCACGGCCACAUUCCCAUGUGAGACCAAAGGGAACCCGCAGCCGGCCGUCUUCUGGCAAAAAGAAGGGAGUCAGAACCUUCUGUUUCCGAAUCAACCUCAGCAGCCCAACAGCCGUUUUUCAGUGUCGCCCGGUGGAGAUCUGACCAUCACGGCUGUCCAGCGGAGCGACGCCGGGUACUAUAUCUGCCAGGCCCUGACGGUGGCGGGCAGCAUUCUGGCCAAAGCCCAACUUGAGGUCACAGACGUGUUAACAGAUCGCCCUCCGCCCAUCAUUCGUCAGGGUCCAGCCAACCAGACUCUGGGUGUGGACUGCGUGGCUCUUCUGAAGUGCCAUGCAUCUGGAGAACCCGUCCCAACCAUCAGCUGGCUGAAGGACGGCGUCAGCCUGCUGGGGAAAGACCCUCGCAUGUCUUUGCUGGAUCUCGGCAGCCUGCAGAUCAAGGGUUUACGGCUCUCAGAUUCUGGUAUCUACACCUGCGUGGCUGCAAGUUCCAGCGGAGAAACUUCAUGGAGCUCCUUCUUGGAAGUCAAGGAGUCCGGUGCUCUUCUUGUAGUCAAAAACAGAGAUGAGAGUGAGCUGCCAGGUCCGCCGUCCAAACCUCAGGUCACAGAUGUCACCAAAAACAGCGUGUCGUUGUCCUGGCAACCUGGCCUUUCCGGGGCGUCGCCCGUCUCGUCAUAUGUCAUUGAAGCUUUCAGUCAAUCGGUGAGCAACAGCUGGCAAACUGUCGCCGAUCAUGUGAAAACAACGCAGUACACCAUAAAAGGUCUCCGACCCAACACCAUCUACCUGUUCAUGGUGCGAGCGUUGAACACCCAAGGCCUGAGUGACCCCAGCCCAAUGUCUGAACCCGUUCGGACACAAGAUAUAAGUCCCCCAGCGCAGGGUGUGGAUCACAGACAGGUGCAGAAGGAGCUCGGCGAGGUUAUGGUUAGGCUACACAACCCAGUGGUCCUCAGUCCCAGCACCAUUCAGGUCACAUGGACGGUGGACCGCCAGUCUCAGUUCAUCCAGGGCUACAGAGUUUUGUACAGGCAGAUGUCAGGCCUGCCCUCCCCUGGGUCGUGGCAGAGCCAGGACGUGAAGAUUCCCUCGGAGAGGAGCAUGGUGCUCUCAGCUCUGAAGAAAGGCAUCGUGUACGAGAUCAAAGUCCGGCCUUACUUUAACGAGUUCCAGGGCAUGGACAGCGAGUCCCGCACAGCCAGGACAACAGAGGAAGCACCCAGCGCUCCGCCUCAGCAGGUGACUGUUCUCACGGUGGGCAAUCAGAACAGCACAUCCAUCAGUAUCUCAUGGGACCCUCCUCCAGCAGACUUUCAAAAUGGCAUCAUCCAGGAGUAUAAGAUCUGGUGUUUGGGGAACGAAACCCGUUUCCAUGUCAAUAAAACUGUGGACGCUGCCAUCCGUUCGGUUGUGGUGGGGGGUCUUCAGGCGGGGGUCCUGUAUCGGGUGGAGGUGGCUGCCAGCACCAGCGCUGGGGUGGGAGUGAAGAGCGAACCCCAACCCAUCAUAAUCGGUAAAGACUUCCGGGAUGUGAUCGUGAGCGGAAACAGGAACAACAGCAUCACGGAGCAAAUCACGGACGUUGUGAAGCAGCCAGCCUUCAUCGCGGGCAUUGGCGGGGCCUGCUGGGUCAUUCUGAUGGGCUUCAGCAUCUGGCUCUACUGGAGGAGAAAGAAGAGAAAGGGUCUGAGCAACUACGCAGUUCAGUCCUUCACCUUCACCCCUGCAGUGACGUUCCAGCGCGGUGAUGGAGGCUUGAUGAGCAACGGGAGUCGCCCUGGUUUGCUUAAUGGCAGUGAUUCUGGGUACCCGUGGCUGGCUGACUCCUGGCCGACCACCAGUCUGCCCGUUAACAGCGGCUCUGGACCCAAUGACAUCAACAACUUCGGCCGUGGAGACGUGAUGCCCGGCGCUCAGGGAGAUAAGACUGGCACCAUGCUUUCAGACGGAGCCAUUUACAGCAGCAUCGACUUCACCACCAAAGGUGGAUUUGGCAGCGCAAGCCCCGCCUCCCAGGCCACGCCCUACGCAACCACCCAGAUCCUCCAUUCCAACAGCAUCCAUGAGCUAGCUGUAGAUCUGCCCGACGCCCAAUGGAAGACCUCUCUCCAUGCCAAACAAGAGAUGGCAUGCCUGGGCUACUCACUGCCAGACAAAAACUCCUGCAACAACACACUCCUUUUCAUUCCUGACUACCGAUUGGCUGACGGAUUGUCUAAUAGAAUGCCCCACAACCAAUCACAGGAUUUCAACACUACCAGCUCCCACAACAGCUCAGAUCGAAGCAACAGUCUGUCAGGUGGGAAAGGAGGAAAGAAGAAGAAGACGAAAGCCAACGCAAAGCCAUCCAAGAUGAACGGGUCGAAUUGGGCCAACGUUCCACUGCCUCCACCACCAAUCCAUCCUCUUCCAGGAACAGAGAUGGACCACUAUGCCACAGAACACCAUGAUGUGGGAGGGUAUGAUAGUGAUAGUUGGGGACCGCCGUUGCCUGUCCAGACGUACCUUCACCAGGGUUUAGAAGAUGAGCUAGAGGAGGAAGAAGAACGGGUGCCCACUCCGCCCAUAAGGGGCGUGGCCUCCUCUCCUGCAGCCAUGUCUUUUGGGAAACAGUCCACGGCCACUCUGAGCCCCUCUCCACGUGAGGAAAGGCAACCCAUGCUUCAGGCCCACCUUGAUGAGCUGAGCCGAGCCUACCAACUGGACAUGACCAAGCAGACUUGGCACAUGCAGGGUGGGCCUUACCCUCCCCAGGCCCCCGCGCCACCCGUGGGAUACAUCUCCAGCACCCUGGUGUCCGAUAUCGAAACGGACCUCCCCGACGAAGAUGACGAGGAUGAAGAUGAAGGGUAUGAGAUGUCGCCACCGAUCAGGGGAAUGGAACACACGCCGGGCUCUAGCAUGGACAACUUGGACAGCUCUGUAACGGAUAAGGGUCUACAUCACAGACCUCGUCCUUCCAGCCCGUUUUCCACAGACGGAAGCACGGUGGGCACGCACAGUCUGGGUCACCAGCGGGCGGCAAGGCCCACCCGCAAACACAAAGGCCCUGGCACAGCCCCGCACCGCCGCGAUGCCAGUGCAGACGAUCUGCCCCCACCUCCAGAACCUCCACCCUGCCAGUCGGCUCGUAUUCAAGGGGCGAGAAACAUGCCCAAUCCCUCCGAUCACAAGGCCUCAUCGCUAGAGAGGCAACCUAUGAUGGGCCUCGAGGAGAUGAAGAGUUCUUUGGACCGGCAGACCCGGACAUCAAUGGAGCGCCAUUGGCAGGCCCAGGAUAGACUGGGGUCUAUAGAGAGGGGCGAGGAGAACAGGAGAGGGCAGAAAAACGGCCCUGUUUCAGAUGAGGCCAUAUUGCCGUACAACAAACCGUCAUUCCCGUCUCCUGGGGGGCACAGCUCAUCUGGGACGGCUUCAUCUAAAGGGUCAACGGGUUCUCGGAAAGGAGAGGGGACGAGGGGACAACACCAGCGCUCCAAAACCGAGCAGACCGACAGCGGAUACAUAGGGACCAACGCGCAGUACUCUGGAGAAUUAUAGUGAGCCAUUUUGACGGAAACAGACGAAUGCCUUGAUCUGUGCCGGAGACGUGGCCUCACCUUCCCGGUGCAAUGAACUCGUGAAGCGUCAGAUGGAAGAAAAGAAAAAAGAAUAAAACGUCUGAAAAUAACCGACUGUAAAUGUGAUGUAAAGAUGGACGUGCCACCCACAACAUCCCUCACCUUCCCCCUUAAACUUUUCACUCACAGAAAAAAAGAAAAUCGUCGAAAAAACCCGCUACGGAUUACCGACACGGGCGAACCCGCGGAAGGGAAUCGAGUUUCCUGUAAAUAUAUGCUUGAAGUCGGAGAUGGAAAGUGACAUUAUUGUUAUUGCAUCGCUAUGCAAACCAAGUUCUGUUUCCGCGCUCUCCUCCCUCUUACGCCGUUGGUCGUUUGUACGAUAAGUGAAUCGAUGGGCUGUGGUGCCAUAGAAAUUAUGUUGUCAUCCAUCAUUUGUUAAUACUUCUCAUGAAUUAAUUGUUAUCAUUAUAAUUAUUAUAAUUAAUUAUUUUCUUUUGCACUGCAAUUUUGGUGAUAAGCACAAAAUGAUAGCUCCUGCUGACAUGAAGAAUUGUGGGUAAGGAAAUGUGAAGGGGAGUAUCUGUACUGUAACUAGAGAUUAAAAAAAUAUAUAACAGUGUACAGAGAUAUAUUAAGAUAUGCCCGCAUCUAUGGCGGCGUAAAGAUUUUCUGCAGUCGCGUUCCUCUGCGGUAGAGGAGCUAUAGAGCCUCUCCAUGCUGGAAAUGGGCAAACUGGUCACACCGAUGGGUUGGGAAAACUGUUUCCAGGGACAUUUAUAAAAGCGGUUCUGCUUUUAACUGUUCCCACUUCCCCUAGAAUUUCUACUUAAUAGUCAAAUCUAGUCCACUUGGUCCGAUUGGAAAUUUUACUACACUGGACUUCACACACAAAACUCUUCGUCCUCACUGUCGGUUGCUUGCUUCUGUUUUACAUGUCGAUCAUUUCAUUUCGGUAUUGGUUAUCUGAACAAAUUGUAACACGGCUAAUGUUCGGAGAAGAUUCGCGAGAUAAUUCUUGUGUUUUAGUUUUUUUUAUCUCCACUAUGAAACAAGCACUUGAAAGCCAUAUGAACAAAGCUACUAUGCCCCAGCCUUCCUGUAAGGUUUCUGCCUUUCUAAAGAGGUUUCGUAGAUGUUCUUUUGCUUGUCUCGAGAUUCAAGUGGAGAGUCAGGUACUUAGUUUCACUUUUGUUGAGCACUUAUUGUAUCUUGUUUUUGACCCAAGCCUUGCUUUUCUUUCCCUGGUUCUUUUGUUUUUCCACAGAUUCAGUUUGGAUCCUUUAAGUGUCUUUCAAUCACAUAAAGAAGUUUGGAAAAUAGAUAUAAAAACAUGCCUCGCAAAACAAAAAGUAUCUCCCAUAUAAUCGCUAAUGCAACGUGUUGAACAAACAGUGUUCACAGACCCAGUCCCCAUGCGCACAUCACAUGACCGUUUACCGACCCUUUUUGCGAAGAGUCCAGUAAAUUCAUUCUGUGUCCUUUUUGAUUCUUUCGCUUGCAAAAAUUUUACGAAUAUAAAUAUAUUCUGAAAACAUGAUUUACAAAAGGCUGCUCAAAAGGAUAUUUUUACUGGAGAUUCUUCAGGAGUUACUGGUGAAAUGACUGUUUGCUUUCGUUCGUUUCGUUUUCGUACUGACGACAGCUCGCUGUUGAAAACUCUCCCAGACCGGGCCGUUGUUUCACGUUUUCUCGAAUUCACGUAAUUUCCGUGCUAACGUCCAGCUGUUUUGGAAUAAUGAGGUGCGAACGGGUAUCUCAGGUGAUUUUACAUCUAUAAUGGGUGUUGUUGAUGUGGGUGUAUAUAAAUGUAUAUAUUCAUAUGCAUCCUCACGUAAAGAGAGUUCAUUUCAUGUUCGCUAUUGACGUUUUCCACCCUGUGUCGGCCUACCUGAUGGAUCGCUGUAUGCUCUCUUCCUUUUUGGCCCCGUCGACAGUGGAUGUUCAUUUCUCUUCCUUUCAUCUGAAACGUGCCGGUACACUAAAUGUCCAUAAGACAAAGAUGUCACUUACAGAACAUACCAAAAUUAAUAUUGAUAUUUCUAAUGUCUAAUGCAUUUUAGUGUCUUUUUUAAUACUUGUUUCUUUGAACAUCACAGUGUUGUUGUUUUUUUGUAUUUAUUAAGAUAAUAAAGGUAUAUUGUGAAAAAUGCAUAAAGGUUUGUGGAAUAUAACAUGCUUCUCCUUGACUUCA